CGCCCCGGUCCCCGGUGCCGACUUCCGCUCUUCUGGCUUCUCGCUGCCCGCCGGGCUCGGCCCCGGCCUUGCCGGGAGCUGCCCCUUCUCGCCCUGGCCGCAGCGCGGACCGCGAACGCUUCGCGCCUGAGCGCAGGGAGCCGCCUGGCCCGAGACGGCCGCAGCCGACAUGGGCUGCUUCUGCGCGGUUCCCGAGGAAUUUUACUGCGAGGUUCUGCUCCUGGACGAGUCCAAGCUGACCCUGACGUCGCAGCAACAGGGCAUCAAGAAGUCCACGAGAGCCUCCGUGGUCCUGGAGCACGUGUUCCGUCACAUCAACCUCGUGGAGAUAGAUUAUUUUGGGCUGCGCUACUGUGACAGAAGCCAUCAGACGUACUGGCUGGAUCCUGCAAAGACCCUUGCUGAACACAAGGAACUGAUCAACACUGGACCUCCAUAUACUUUGUAUUUUGGUAUUAAAUUCUAUGCUGAAGAUCCAUGUAAGCUUAAAGAAGAAAUAACCAGAUACCAGUUUUUCUUGCAAGUGAAGCAGGAUGUCCUCCAGGGCCGGCUGCCGUGCCCGGUCAACAUCGCAGCUCAGCUGGGAGCCCACGCCAUCCAGGCUGAACUUGGAGAUUACGACCCAUAUAAGCACACUGCGGGGUAUGUGUCAGAGUACCGGUUUGUACCUGAUCAGAAAGAGGAACUUGAAGAAGCCAUAGAAAGGAUUCAUAAAACUCUGAUGGGGCAGGCUCCUUCGGAAGCUGAGCUGAGUUACUUGAGGACAGCCAAGUCGCUGGAGAUGUAUGGUGUGGAUCUCCAUCCUGUCUAUGGAGAAAACAAGUCAGAGUAUUUCCUGGGAUUGACUCCGGUUGGCGUUGUCGUCUACAAGAAUAAGAAGCAAGUGGGGAAGUAUUUCUGGCCUCGGAUCACGAAGGUGCACUUCAAGGAGACCCAGUUUGAACUCCGAGUGCUGGGGAAAGACUGCAACGAAACCUCCUUCUUCUUCGAAGCUCGGAGUAAGCCUGCUUGCAGGCACCUGUGGAAGUGCAGUGUGGAGCAUCAUACGUUUUUCAGAAUGCCAGAAACCGAAUCAAAUUCAUUGACAAGAAAACUCAGCAAGUUUGGAUCCCUCAGUCACAAGCACCGGUUCAGUGGCAGGACGGCUUCGCAGAUGAGCAGAGACCUUUCCAUCCAGCUUCCGCGGCCCAACCAGAGUGUGGCGAGGAGUCGGAGCAAGACGUACCCCAAGAGAGUGGCGCACACACAGCCUGCAGGAUCCAACAGCAUAAAUCAGAUAACUGCAAGCACGGAGAACGGAGAAAAUGAAGAAACAACCAAAAUUAUCGCACCUUCCCCCCUGAAGAGCUUUAAGAAAGCAAAGAAUGAAAACAGCCCCGACGUCCAAAGAAGCAGACCCCGUGCGCCGUGGGAGGAGGACGGCCCGCAGGGCGGGCUCUACCACUGUGCCAACGACCGCACCCGGUCCCCGAAGUUCCCCUGCACGCGUCGCCGGGCCCCCUCCUGCGGGAGCGACAAUGAUGCUGCACAGCCCCUGAGGAGGAGGUCACGCUCACGCUGUAACACGAGCAGCGGCAGUGAGUCAGAAAAUUCUAGCAGAGAACACCGGAAGAAGAGAAACAGAGUACGGCAGGAGAAUGACAUGAUUGACUCAGCGCCUCAGUGGGAAGCUGUACUAAGGAGACAGAAAGAGAAGAACCAAGUGGACCCCACCAACCGGCGAUCCAGACAUCGGUCCCGCUCGAGAAGUCCCGACAUCCAAGCGAAAGAAGAGUUAUGGAAGCAUAUCCAAAAGGAGCUCGUGGACCCUUCUGGGUUGUCGGAAGAGCAACUGAAGGAGAUCCCCUACACUAGAGUGGAGACUCAGGGUGACCCCGUCCGCAUCAGGCACUCACAUUCGCCACGGAGUCACCGCCAGUACCGCCGGUCCCAGUGUUCAGAUGGAGAGCGGUCGGUUCUCUCAGAGGUCAAUUCAAAGACAGACCUGGUCCCACCUCUGCCGGUGACGCGCUCCUCGGAUGCUCAGGGUGCUGGAGGCGCCACGGUUCAUCAGCGAAGAAAUGGGUCUAAAGAUAGCCUGAUUGAAGAAAAAUCUCCAACGUCUACAAGCAACCUGGCUGGAAAACACCCAGCAAAAAUAAUAAAAACUAUCCAAGCUUCCCGCCUCAAGACAGAGAGCUGAUGCUGGUGGAGGGCCAGGGCCGCUGGGAAGGGUGUGUGCGCCACUGGUGCUUUGGAAGCUGUGAACCUCAGGCCUGCAAAGGUUUCUGCAGCCUGAGGACACCGCCUUUCGCUCUUCUGGGGUGAAGGGCAGCAGACUUGCGCUGAAGGACCUGUGUCUUAACUGGAAGGACAGCAGUCUUCCAAAACUCCCUGGAUGCCACAUGCUCUUCCUGAACAGGAAAACCCCCAGUCCACUGCCGGCGUCUGCCAUCUGUGCCAGGCCAGAAGCUCCUGACUGUGCUGGAAGCCUGGGCUGCACCCGGCUUGCCAGGCAGCAGGACACCCAGUGGCAGGAAGGCCCAGAUGCAAUCAGAGGCAUCGGAUCGACUGCAGGCAUCGUAUUCAUACAUUAAGUUCUCUGUAAUACUGUAUGUUGUGGCACUGAGUUCACUGGUUAUUUACACAUGAUGUAAAACCUUUUAAGUAUUGCUUUUAAUUUCUAAAGUGUCCUUGUGUUCUCAGAAAAAAACUAAGUGUGAAUUUCAGAUGACCUCUGCCCCUCAGCUUCAAAUGGUUUCUCCACCUGCCUGCCCUCGCAGGUUUCCUGUCCAGAUAACUCUGCCACCUACAGGCGACAGGAGUGCUCAUGUGGGAUACCUAUCUCCCUGACCAAAGCUGCCGGCAACCUUGACUCUUCCCAGGCCCAGCCCUGUCUACUGCUCUGUUCUCUCCUGUGUUCAUACCCGUUCUCAGCUGGACUGCUACAUGGUUUUACAUUUAACCACAAAUCCCUCUAGCCACUCCCAUCUCCCUCAUUCUUAGCAGUCCCUGUUUAGAGCUGUCUCUAAUUAGGCCUUUCCUGCAGCCUUCUUUUGCUUGCCUGAUGGAACCUCAGUCAGCUUCUGCUUAGGAGCAUGCUUUACAGCUCCACCUGUUUUGUUGUUGUUGUUAAUUACUGGAAUCUCAAACCUGAGAUCCAGGACUUAAGAGUUUAUUUUUGUAGUUUAGAUGAGUGGGGUCCUGCUAGGAUCAAAGGGAACUCAAAUUCAUACACAGGCUACCGCUACCCCUGGUUGGAUUUAGAGCCACUGUGCUUCCAAGUGUGCAAGCUGGACAUCUACCUAGUAGCCCAAGGGCCACUUUCAGGUCUUGGCUUUGUCCUCUCCUUUCAAUCUUACUUCACCUGGGCCCAAGCUGGCCAUGUGCUGCUUAGACUGCAGUGGCCAGUGAGCCUUCUGGCGCUGAUCUUUCUGGAUUUUCAUUCCUUGCUUUAAUAAAGCCCAAGCCUUAAGCAGUCUGGCCUCUACCUACCUCUUCAGCUUCAUUUGGCCACCACACCAGGUCAUGAGCCUCACUGAGCACUCCACUCUACCCCGGGGAACUAAGAGGAAAAGCAGCCAAAGCUGACAAAGUGAACUCAGCCCACACAUUCCCUCAGCUGCCUUGCAAACAGGAAACCAUGCCUCUCAACACUGCUCUCAGGGCUCCCUGUCAGAUCCCAUCACGGGCCUUAUCUCACUGCAGUUGUUUCACAUCUGUGGUUUUAUUCCCUCCACUAAGCAUUAAGCUUCCAGAGGGAGAACUAUGUCGUGUUUUGCUGUUGUGUUCCCAGCUAGUAAUGUUUUCAAUAAAUUUCUUUGAAUGCCUAA